UGUAAAUUUUGUUUAAUUUUUAUAGCUUUCCUGAAUCUGUAAAGCACAAACUCUUGAAAUAACAGGAGAAUUACAGAGUGUUUUAUUUCUUGCUUCUAACAAACAUAUAUACAAAAACCGUGCUUCAAUGCACAGCAUUCCAUCCACGCCGUGAGAAAUCUCUACAAAGUUUAAAGGUUGAUCCCACUAGAAAGUUUGUGAGAAACAACUGAAGAAGUCAUUGCCGUGUUGAAAAUCUCUUAUACAUCGUUUAUUUUAUUAUCAAUAUAUUUACUGGGAAUACAAAUAUAAAAUUCCAAAGAUUGCAACACUAUUCUUCCACCACUUUAAACAACUUGCGAAAUAAAAGAUAAUUCACAAAUCGUGGUCUCAUAUUGACGAUAAGCGCCAGCCAAUCACCGAGAUGAGCCAAGUGGACGGCGAAUUAUGCCAGGCACUUGCCGAGUCGGGUGAGGCACCAGCGGAGCCACAUCAGACAGUGGCAGUGGCAGAGUGGCAUCAGGCACUCGACAAGUCGCCUCAGUCAGUCACCGAGUCGGAGCAGGCGGUCGAAGAGCCAGUCAAGGCAAUCGUCGAGACGAGCCAGGCACUCGACAAUUCGCUCCAGUCAGUCACCGACUCGAGCCAGUCACUCGACAAUUCGCUCCAGUCGGUCACCGAGUCGAGCCAGUCACUCGACAUUUCGCUCCAGUCAGUCACCGAGUCGAGCCAGGCACUCGACAAUUCGCUCCAAUCAGACAACGACACGGAGCAGGCGGUCGAAGAGUCAGUUAAGGCAAUCAUCGAGUCGAGCCAGGCACUCGACAAGUCGCUCCACGCAGUCGACGAGUGUGAAAACGCAGUCGCCAAGUGGGCCCAGGCAGUCGAGCAGGCGCAGGAUGCAGUCAGCAAAUGGUGGGGGGCUCUCGAAGAGUCAGGCCAGGCACUCUUCGCGUCGUGCAAGGCACUCAAAGAGUCGCUCCAGGCAGUCGCCAAGUCGGAGCAGGCUGUCACCGAGUCGGAUCAGGCACGCGACAGUUUGGUCUGGGCACUCGACCGCUCACUCAGCGAACUCAAUGGGUUGGUCGAGGCACUCGGCGACUGUCACGGGACACUCGGCGCGUGUCACUGGCCGCUUAAUUACACGCGCCAAGCACUCUUCGAUUCGCGCAAAGCACUCGAAAAAUCGCUCCAGGCACUCUGCGAUCUGCAGUAAUCGAAAGCGUAUCGUAUGGUGGUUGAGGGAGAGAAAGAGAGAGAGAGAAAGAUGUCAACAUAUCCAAAAAUCGUGUUCUUCAUGUCAAUGUUCUAUUCAUGUCAA